AUGUCGAACGAGAUGGCGUCGUCGCCAUCGCCGCCGCAGUCUCCGACAGCAAAGCUGCCGCCAUCCUUCUCCGAGGCCGACAAGAACUCGGACUCGGGCGUGUCGCCGAUGACACAGGCCCCUGGCAAGGCCCUCAACACCGUUGCUGGGAGCGGUGACGACUAUUUCCCCUCGACGAGCGAGCCGGUAGCCAGCAUGCCGGCGGCCGUCGAUGCCGGCGGCCGUCGCAGCGAACCACGACCCGCGCCCUCGGACACGUCGUCCAGCAGCGGCAGAUCUGGCAACGCUGUCAGCCCUCUGUUCGUGCCCAAAGGUGGGGGACAGGGCCGUAAAGGCUCCCUUCUCGAUCUCAACUAUCCCGAGAGCAGCGACCGAUGGUCGAGAAAGUCGUCCGCCGCCUCAGUCUCGUUCCGCUCCCCGUCGGACCCAGCUCUCCCACAGGGCAACCCAAAGCAGAACCGGCUCCGCCGCUCGCCGUCGCCCAAAAGGUUCCGGCAGCAUGUCGCUUUCGACAACAUCCCCAUAGGGGAACCCACUAAAUCAAACACUCUCAGCUACACAUUGAGCAUCAGCCAUCAUGGGUACCACCCUCGUCGUAGGUCGCGAACCAUGAUGGUCGGGCUUGACGAGAACGCCUAUUCCGAUGUCGCCCUUCAAUGGCUGCUAGACGAGUACGCCGACGAUGGCGACGAGGUCAUCUGCGUCCAUGUUACCGACAAGGAUGCCCGUGCUGUUGAGGAGAAGAACUACAAAGCGCACGCAGACGCCUUGGUAGAACGAAUCAAAGCAAAGAUACCCGAGAACUGCGCGAUCAGUAUAAAACUAGAAUACGCGGUCGGAAAGCUGCACGUCACAUUCCAGAAGUUGAUCCAAGUCUACCAUCCUAGCAUGCUGGUGGUAGGAACCCGGGGCCGCUCUCUCGGCGGCAUCCACGGCCUAGUCACUAAGAACUCAUUUUCCAAAUAUUGCCUACAGUACUCACCAGUCCCAACAGUAGUUGUUAGGGACUACGAAAAGAGGAAGAGGAAGAAGGAUAAGAGAACAAACGACCCUUCACGACACAGCUAUGCCGCUAUGUUGGCCGCCACCCAUGGCCAGCAUGAAGCAGACCGAGAGGCGACCAGCUUAUAUGAUAUAGAGGCCCGCAUUUCACCAGAUGAGGAAGCCCAUAGGGUUGCCGCAGCCAUCGGUCUCCCUGCGGCCUUUGACCCGACCUUGAAGCCUAUUGAUAUUGAUCAGUAUCUGGGCCGCCGUUCCCGGCCAAGCACACCGCCUGCGGUGGCGGCUCCUGAGGUCGAGGUGAAAGAGCCCCUCCCGUUGUUAGUUCCGGUAGAAACAGCCGGAGCUUCCCUUGACAGCGAGGAGGAUGAGAGUGCGGAUGACGAAGAAGUCGAGUUCGAGGGCCCGCCAGGUCAGCGUGUGCCCCAGGAAACCCAGGCAGCAAAGGAGUCACAGAAGCAGCAGAAGAAAAGACUUCACGACAUGGAAGUUGGAGAGGCGGCAGCUCUGAAACAGUCACUGGAUGACGACGAUGACGACGAUGAUGACACCGGAGGCGGGGCUGAGACCUGA